GGUUCCAUGAUCAUGAAUCAUGAUUCAUGCCGGACGCCGGUCACAGACACGUGUCAACAUUAUGCAUAACCGCGUUUUCAGCGCGUGGACGUUUUGUCCAUGAAGCUAAACAAUCAACAAAAACAUGUCAUAUUCAAUAUUUUAGGCAAUUCCACUAUAAAUUUUUGAUUGCAUCAACAAUGUUUUUGAAAAUACUUAGGUAGUGCCCACCUUGAAAGUUGACAACAUUUUACCAAAGUUAACCAAUAGACCUCAACACAACACAGAUAACCUUGGCACAGAACCUUGGCUAAAUGUUAUUUUCUCAAGUCGACGUUCAAAAUGUUUGUAAAUUUUGUAAAAACGAAACAAAAAGUCAAAUGAGGAAACGGACGAGUUGAUUGUUGAAUUGAAUGUUGAAAGAAAAACUGAAUUUAUUUGUACAUACGUACUCAUUUUUAAAUAUUUCUGGAUAAUGUGAGCAGUUGGCUAUAAGGAUAAAAGUAUGUAGCCGCUAGAACGCAACUUUGAUUACAGAUUCCAUCGGAUAGCACUAAACCAGUUGAUAUCAGCUUGGUACUCAAAAUGCAAGCAAAGAAACGCUAUAUUCUCCUAUUUGUUAGCUUUGCCAUUUUAGCAUAUGGUUAUUAUGGUGGAUAUAGCUUCAAAUCUGAACUGGUCCAAAGUAGCAGACGCGACCUACUACCAACUUAUGCAUCCAUGGAAGAUUUGUUUGAAGCGCCAUCUCCUUUACAAAGACAGCCUCGUUCAACAUCAAAGCCUUGUCGAAUGGAAACGUGUUUUGAUUUUUCAAAGUGUAGUGAUGAUCCCAAAAUCUACAUAUAUCCAACAGAAGGCCCCGUAAGUGCAUCUUACCGCAAAGUUUUAUCAGUUAUUAGGGAAUCACGCUACGCAACGCGAGAUCCGAAUGAGGCUUGUUUAUUCCUGCCAGCAGUGGAUACUCUAGAUGCAGAUCCUUUGUCCCCGGAACAUGUUCCCGAUGUUCAAGCUAGGUUAAGUCGAUUACCAUAUUGGAAAAAAGGUCGCAAUCACCUAAUAUUCAACUUAUAUGCUGGCACUUGGCCUGAUUAUGCUGAAGGAGCGUUAGGGUUUGAUCCGGGCGACGCGAUAUUGGCUCGAGCUAGUGCCUCGGAAACGGUGUUUCGUGACGGCUUCGACGUGUCCCUGCCGUUGUUUCAUAAAGAGCACCCAGAACGCGGUGGAGUGCCGCCUGCGGCCACAGCUAACCCUUUUCCUGCACCACGACGACACUUACUCGCAUUUAAAGGAAAACGCUAUGUUCAUGGGAUUGGCAGUGAGACCAGGAAUUCACUUUGGCAUUUACACGAUGGCAAUAAUCUAAUCUUGGUUACGACGUGUCGUCAUGGAAAGUCAUGGAAAGAUCUAAGAGAUGAGAGGUGUGAUGAAGAUAACCGAGAAUACGACAAAUUUGAUUACGAGCAACUAUUGGCGAACUCCACGUUUUGUCUGGUGGCGCGCGGGCGCCGCUUGGGGUCGUACCGUUUCCUCGAGGCAUUGGCAGCAGGGUGCGUUCCAGUUCUUCUCAGCAAUGGCUGGCGGUUACCAUUCGAUGAACGCAUUGAUUGGCGCCGUGCUGUGAUCUGGGCAGAUGAGAGACUGUUAUUGCAGGUGCCGGAGCUCGUGCGCUCAGUUCCUCCUGAGCGUGUACUCGCUUUACGGCAGCAGACGCAACUGCUAUGGGAGCAAUAUUUUUCAUCCAUUGAGAAGAUCGUCUUUACCACAAUAGAGAUAAUACUGGAGAGGAUAUCAGCACACAAGACUUCGCGUGAGCGCGAAGCGUUGAUAUGGAACACGUCCCCGGGGGCGCUGGGCACGCUGGCCUCGUACGGGGACUCGCGGGCGCAGCUGCCGUCGGGGGCGGAGGCGCCGCGCGCGCCGCCCGCGCCCGCCGCGCCGCCCGCGCCGCCCGCGCCGCUGCCCGCGCCCGCCGUGCCGCCGGCCGCGCCGCCGCCCACCGCCGGCCGCGCCUACACCGCGCUGCUGUACGUGCAGGCCACGUCGCCGGCGCUGCACAAGCUGCUCGCCAAUAUAGCGUCCAGCGAGUUCUGCGAAAAGGUGGUGCUGGUGUGGGACAGCGAGCGCGCGGCGCCGUCGCUGAAGUCGCUGGCGCGCGUGGCGGGAGACGCGCGCGACCCGCUGCCCGUGCUCGUCAUAGACGCCACCACGCACUACCCUGGGGAAGGGGUGUCGGCCAGAUGGAAACCUUUAUGGGCAGUGCCCACAGCUGCCGUCUUUUCAUUAGACGGAGACGCGCCACUCCUCGCUGAAGAAUUGGAUUUCGCGUUCCGCGUAUGGCAACAUUUUCCCGAAAGAAUUGUUGGCUAUCCAGCAAGAAGUCACUACUGGGACGAAGCUAAGAGCGCAUGGGGGUACAGCAGCAAGUGGGGCGGGUCGUACUCCAUGGUGCUGCCGGGCGCGGCGCUGGUGCACCGCGCCACGCUCGCGCUGUACGCGGCCGGCGCGCCCGCGUUACGUCACGCCGUGCGCCGCGCGCGCAACUGCGAGGACAUCCUGCUCAACUGCCUCGUGGCGCACCUCACGCGCCGCCCGCCGCUCAAGCUCGCGCAGCGCCGCCGCUACAAGGCCGCGCACCACCGCUACAAAUCCUCUUGGAGCGAUCCAGAGCAUUUCGUGCAGCGACAGUCUUGCCUGAACACCUUCGCCACGGCGUGGGGCUACAUGCCGCUCAUGCGCUCCGUCCUCCGCUUAGACCCCAUAUUAUUUAAAGAUCCCGUUUCUACGCUCAGGAAGAAAUACAGGAAAAUGGAAUUAGUGACUUCAUAAGGGAGCUAAGCUAGCAAGAAAUAUGUGAAAGCCUGUUAGAGGGAGCUAGAUUCAGCUUUCGUGGUAGUAAAAGAAAAAAUUUUUGACGUCAGUCUUCAGAAGUCAACGCAUACAUUUGCAAUGGCAUCUCCAUAAUAAAAUUUGUUAUUCAGCAAAAUAAUCAAAUUGUAAAUUAAUGAUCUAGACGUCACGACUUAACAGUUUCGCAAUUGGAUCAAAAAUAAUCAGAUUAUUUUGUUUUUGAGCUUUAAUUAACGUUAUUAAAUUUAAUGGUUUUCAUUUAAAUUUGUGAUAAGCAAUAAUGAACUGAGCUGUUGUUGAAUACUAUUGAAGUAUUAUUAUUGAUAUUAUAAUAUUUAUAUUUAUUUUGUUGAAACGCACGUUUUUAAUGUUCGAUAAUAAAACUUGACACAAUAAUUCAGACCCAGAGAAACUAAAGUGAAUUUUACCGGAACUAUUAAUAUAU